AUGAGUUACUCUACUUCAAAUGUAGUCGACAACUCCGAACUUGUACUGACGAAAAUUGUGUUAUACUACCCACGAGGAUUGGGUCAGAACUAUUCAACUGCUGUAAACCUCAACUUCUCGAAUUUGCAGAGAGGCCCCUCCAGAACUAGAGUUUUAAGCAUCGGGACCGGGAAUGGAGGAUUGGGACAAACUAAUCCCCAUGGAGUUGGCAACAGAGACGGCGGCGUCAUCAUCGACCAUGGCUCGCGCCGUAAGGAAUCAAACCUCAUGCUGAAUGAGUUUGUGGACAUGUUUAGGGAGAGAACUGGGUAUGCUAUAGUGGAGCCUGCUCACAUGGAGUUGGCAGACCCUUCAAUUCAAGACGUGUUCAAUUCGUGUGUUGAACAAGGUGCCAAUCGUGUUAUUGUGAGCCCCUUUUUCCUCUUACCAGGAAGACAUUGGAAGCAGGACAUACCAUCUCUAACAGCUGAAGCUGCAAAGGAGCAUCCUGGUGUGUCAUAUAUGGUGACCGCGCCUCUAGGUCUCCACCCGCUACUUGUGGAUGUUAUGAAUGACAGAAUCAAUCACUGCUUGAGCCAUGUUGCUGGAGAUGCAAGUGAGUGUGCUGUUUGUGUUGGAACAGGCAAAUGGCAGCUCCAUUGAUUCAUGCAAGUUCAUACCAAAACAGUAUGGGGUAAGGCACCAUUUCACUUUCGAAACCAAGUGAUCUUGCAACUUGGAUAGCCAUAUAUAGA